AUGAGAGCACAAAUGCAAGAUAUGGAUCAAAAAUUCAUGGCUGAAUUGCGUAAAAAAAAAGAUCAAUUGAAGGAAAUGUGCACCAAAAAAAUUGGCAGUCUCCAACAAAGAUCAAUGGUCAAGAGAAUCAAACAAAAGUCAAGAAAACAAGCACAUGACCCAGAUUUUGAAUACCAACCAAUGACAAAAGCCAAAGAAGAUACAAGGAACAAGACACAAACUGCUGCUGAUGUACCCAAACCAACAGAAGGUACCGAUGAAGAAAAAGAGAAGAAGAGUGAAAAGAAAAAAGAAGAAAUCGAAACAAAGACAGAACCUGCUACAGAACCUGAGCAAAAAGAGGGUGCUCAUGAAGCAAAACAACAACAGAAAGAAAAGAUACCAGAAGAUAUUGGCCGAGACAAAACAGUUGCUGCUGAAACCAACCCAAAAGAGCAUGCCAAUCAAGAGAAGACACAAUUUCAAGUAUUGGAAAGUGAUGAUGAUUUCAAGGAAGAAUCAAUCCAAAACAAGCCACUCGCCAUUUCAUGCCGCAAAACAAACAAGGUCAUUGAUGCCUUCUCAGAAAAGAAAUUGGCACUCCAACCAACCAUUGAAGAAUUUGAGAAGAAUGAUCUAGCCUUUGCAAGAAAUUCAUAUGCAGGAAGAUAUUACGUUUUCUCAACACUCAUCAAUAGACACUAUGACUCUUUGAGACCAGCAAAGGAUUGCCAUAACAAGCACUUUGAAAUUGCAAAGGAAAUUUUAAGUUAA